AUGUCUGAUUAGCAAGAUAUAGACCCAAGAAAACUAUAUAUUAGAAAUCUCGCAUUUGAGGUGGUAAAGUAGGAUAUAAGAGAGGCUUUCGAUUCUUACGGUGAGAUUGAAGCUUGUGAUGUACCUAUGGAAAAACCUGGCAAGUGCAAAGGAUUCGCAUUCGUGAAAUUCAAGAAUGUUGAGGAUGCCAAGAUCGCUCUUGAAAAGAUGAACAAUGUACCGAUCCUAAACAGACCUAUUCAUAUAAACUUCGCUCAAAAUAUCUAAAAAGAUUAUCAUAAUCGUGAUCAUGGCGAUCAUUUCUAAAGGAGAGAUUUCCAUGAUAGAGGAGAUGAUAGAUAAGGCGGUGGCUAUCAUGGCAGAUAGGAUAUGAAGUACGAUAAUAGAGGUAGAGAUAACUACCAUGGUGGUGGUCAUAGAGAUUACAACAGACAAGGAAGCGAUAGUCGACCUCAUUACCACAAUGAUCGCCCUCCACAUUAUGAAAACAGAGGUUCAAGAUUCGAGGAGCGUCAUGAUGGUGACAAUCAAAGAUAAGGAGGUGUCGGUGGACCAGGCUACUAUACUAAGAAUGAAAAAGGAGAGUACCAAAAGCAGCCAUAUCCUCAAGGUGAUUCUGGAAGAAGUUAAGGGGGAUACUAACCUCAUUCUUCAAGACCUCCUUUGAGUUCAAGUUACAGCAAUAAUGAAAGCAGAGGGGGUUUCUCUAGCAGACCUCCUGAGAACAAGCCAAUGAACUAGCAAGAUAGAAUCAGAAUGAUUGAGGAAGCUAGUGAUGCUAGAAAUAGGUAGGUAUCCAGCAAAGGAUCAAAUUUCGAUAAUCCAAAUUCAAGCAAUAUCAAUUAAGUACCGCCAACUUCUCAGUAAUAGUAUUAACAACCAAUUCCUGAUGUUAGUCAAAUUUAAAGUAUUCCCCAUUAAGAUUUACCAACCUAAUCUGUUGGAGGUGCUUAACUUAACCAAAAAGUUAACCCUGAGAAGGAAUAAUAUUUGCAAAAUUUCAUCAAUAAACCAUUGGGUGAACUUAAAGCACCCCCUUAAUUUGUUAGUUAACUUGUUACUUAGGCAUAACAAUAGCUUCAACAGCAAACACCUCCUAAGUAAUUUUUAUAUAUCUUUAUCAUAUUGUUUUCUGAUAGUACUCAUCUAAAUUAGCCUAUUGAUAACUUUGGUUAAUAUAAUGGACAAGGAUAAUCUUAAAACGAACCUCCAUAAAGAAGUUCUAAUUAUGACUAAUAUGACUAACCAGCUGCUACAUCUAACUUUUAAAGCAGAAAAUCUUUUGAAGAUAAGGGUUCUAGUAACUAUAACAGCAGACCUAGAUAAUAUGAAAACAGAAAUAGGUCAGGAAGUCCAAGAAGAUAGCCAAGAAGUAGAAGUAGAGAUAGAGACACCAGAAGACCUCCAUUUGAAAGAGAUGAUUCUAACCGCCCCUAUUAAACUAAAGAUGACAGAAGAUCAGACAAUAGAGGUGGCUUUGACAGAAGAGAUGAUAAUCAUCGUGGAGGAAACUUUGAAGGCCGCAGAGAUUUUUAAUAUGAUAGAAAUGCCAGAGGAGGCGAUCAUCACCAUCAUCAGAGAAGAGAUAGAUCUAAUUCUCCAAGUCAUCAUACUUCCUCAAAUUUCAACAGAGGAAGAGACAACUUCAAAAGAAGUGGGUCAAGAGAAAGAGUUGAUAACCAUCAUCCAAGAGGUGGAAACGAUUUUAGAAGAAAUGACAGAGACUUCUAAAGAAGAGAUGAUAGAGGCGGCAGAGAUUUUAGAGAUAAUGAUAGAGGUGGUUAUGGCAACAGAGGUGGCUAUGAAAGAGGCGGCUUUAGAGGCAGAGGAGGAUAUGACCGAGGUGGAUUUAGAGGUGGCCGUGGAGGCUUCAGAGGAGGCAGAGGUGGUCCAAGAAACUUUGAAGAUGAAGCCCCUGCUCAUAGUUAAUUUGAUCAGGAUAAAGUUAGAUAAGCAGCUGAAACUGCCAUGCAAACUUAUGGAUAUGGUAAUUAUGAUAGUUAUCAAAACUACGGAGGCUAUGAAUAUCCCUAGGUUUCUUAUGAUUAGACUGCAUACGUUCCAUAACCUACUGAAUAUCAAUAAGUUAAUUAAGUUGCCGCUCCUCAAUAAGUGGAGCUUGCUAAGGGUUCUUCAAAUGGUUAAUCUAAGACUUUCGAUAUUUCUUCACAUUUCGAUCAACUUAAAAACCAAAGUGAUUCUAAAUGA